GUAGUCUCAGGAUCAACUACUGGGCUUCGCCCUAACGCGACAAUAAACGGGUUUUACAAACAACAAACAAACACAAUUCGCUAUCCUCGCAGAAUCUCCAGACACAUUCGCACUUCUAACGUCUGUGUACAAUCCGUUGUACCGACAUGGAAGAAUGUGCAUCGACUGUGACGACCGCCUCCGGAGCGUCAUCUCAGGAUGACCCGGCUUCGCGGUUGCCCACCGAGAUAUGCGGACGGAUCAUUGACCAUGUUGCGGCGGGACUGGAUCUUGGCUACCGCAAUCUGGUUGGGAAUCAAGAUCUCCUAGCUCUUCAAUCGUGCGCACUGGUAUGCAGGGAUUGGUACUUUCACACCUGGUACCAUCUCCGUCGCCGUGUUACCCUCCGUGACCGGAACGACGUCCGCUCACUUUCCAGGACACUCCGCGAGAGACCACGCCUCCGCGGUGUCGUCCAACAGGUCGUCAUCUCAGGUCAUACGCCUCGACAGCGUUCACUGAUGCAACAUCUCGGAACGUUUGCCGCCAUGCUUGCCGGGAAGCUCCCGGAGCUCUUGAUGAUCACCAUCCAGGACGCGGAAUGGACCAUUGGCUUGAUGAGGGUGGAAGACUUCGGAUAUCUCGCCGCAUUUCACCUCGUCCACACGUUAACCAUCUUCGAGGUCACCGUGUCGAGCAUCGCCCAGCUGGCCCGCCUCAUCUCAGCACUCCCUGCCUUGAGAGAACUAUAUUGCUACAAUGUCGCCUGCUCACAGAAACACCCAGUCUCUCCUGUCUCUCUCCCGCUGAAUUCUGCAAGCCUGGAGGUCCUCGAAGUGCGAUGGGUCGCGCCUGCGGUUGAAGACCUACUUGUUCGGGUCAGCCAGGCUUCCCGGCUACGAAAGCUCUAUUUCGGAGUUGAUGGCGAGGGUACCUCAUCUUCCGCAGGCAGCAGAACUCAAGCUUUAUUGGAUGCAAGUGCGGCCUCAGUGGAAGUCCUCGUGCUCUGGAUUGCUCCCGCCUCCUCCGUGGACAGUCACACUGUUGAUUCCACCUAGAACGACACCUCAACCUGUCACGCCAUGAAAGGCUGUGGCAUUUGCAGAUUCGCCUGUUCCACCCCUUUGUUGCGUGGUC